AUGGCAAAAAAGAGUAAGCUGCUCGCCGCUCUGGAUGCACACAAAGGGCGAGACUAUGCUGCAGAGAAGCGGAAAAGUGAGGUCAAGGCCGCCGAGAAGAGAAAGCGACAGAAGGUCGAGAAAAGCGAUGCUGAUGGUGCCUCGGAAAUCGCCACAGAAGCUGGCGCCGUACUGAAGAAUGGCGAUCAGCGCGAAGAGCACGACUUUGAGGCCUUUUCAGAGGAUGGCUCGGAAGACCCCCACGAUAAAGAGGGAGGAGCAGAUGAGGACGACGUUGUUACCAGCACAAUCCCUCAACCAGACCAACCCGCCGACGCAUCCGCAUCAGAAGCCGAAAACGAAUCGGACGUCGCACUCUCAGACCUCGCCGACGAGGACCUAGAAGACACCAUUCCGCAUCAACGCAUGACAAUCAACAACGGGCCAGCCCUCACCGCCUCACGAAACCGCAUCACCCUUCUCGGCAAACACCGCGCCGGCACGAAGAACAAACGCACUCCGUUCCACAUCCACAACUCGCUGAUCUCGACCCUCCCCUCCGCCAACGAAACGAUCCCCGACCCCAACGACGACCUCACACGCGAGCUAGAGUUCUACCGGAUCGCACGAGACGCUGCGGUCCAAGGGCGAAGUCUGCUCCAGAAGGAGAAAGUCCCCUUCACGCGGCCGACGGACUACUUCGCGGAGAUGGUCAAGACCGACGAGCACAUGGGCAAGAUCAAGAAGAAAAUGUACAACGAUGCCGCAGGUAAAAAGGCUUCCCAGGAGGCGAGGAAGUUGCGUGAUGCGAAGAAGUUCGGCAAGGCGGUCCAGGUCGCAAAGGAGCAGGAGCGUGCCAAGGAGAAGAGGAAUACUUUGGACAAGAUCAAGGAGUUGAAGAGAAAACGCAAAGGUCAAGACACGGGUAAAGUACACGAGGGCGGCGAUACAGACAUCUUCCAGAGCAUCGCCGUUGAAGACGGACCCGCCAAAGACCGGUCCGGGCGAGAACGAGGCGCAGGCCCGAACCCCAAGCGCCAGAAGCGGGAGCAGAAGUACGGCUUUGGAGGCAAGAAGCGAUUCUCCAAGAGCGGCGACGCCGUCAGCAGUGGCGACAUCAGAGGGUUCUCGGCGUCCAAAAUGAAGGGCAAGGGCAAGCCGACCAGGCUGGGCAAGAGUAGGAGAGCUGGUGCACGUUGA